CUGGCUGAAGCUGUCACUCCCCGGCCGUUUCCCUGAGGCCGGCGUUCUGCUAGGGGGCGGGAGGAAGAAGGGCCUGACCAGCAGUCGCUACCGCCGCGGUCUUCGCGGCUGCUAUGACCCUCGGGCGAGGCUGUCUGGUCAGCUCCACUCAACGCUAGUGGUGGCCGUGCGUCCGCCGUGGCCGUUUGGGUACCCAGCGCGGCCGCUCCCGCGGCUCCUUAAGCUCCUCCAGCGCCGCCGGCUAGGCGAGGCAGAGGCAGGAUGAAGAUGAUGGUGGAUUUCGAGGAGUGUCUGAAGGACUCGCCCCGCUUCAGGGCUGCUUUGGAAGAAGUAGAAGGAGAUGUGGCAGAAUUAGAACUAAAACUUGAUAAGUUCAGUGCUCUUGUGCAUCACUGUACUUCUGGAUCCAUGUUGGGGGAGCACAUGCCACUUGGAAUUUUCUGAGGAACACUAGCAAGCUUCCAGCUUGUGAAGCUUUGUAUUGUGAUGAUUGAUACUGGAAAAGCCUUUUGUGUUGCAAAUAAACAGUUCAUGAAUGGGAUUCGAGAUCUGGCACAAUAUUCUAGUAAUGAUGCUGUAGUUGAGACAAGUUUGACCAAGUUUUCUGACAGCCUUCAAGAAAUGAUAAAUUUUCAUACAAUUCUAUUUGACCAAACUCAGAGAUCAAUUAAGGCCCAGCUUCAGAACUUUGUUAAAGAAGAUCUUAGAAAAUUCAAAGAUGCCAAGAAGCAAUUUGAAAAAGUCAGUGAAGAAAAAGAAAAUGCAUUAGUAAAAAAUGCUCAAGUACAGAGAAACAAACAGCAUGAAGUUGAAGAAGCCACAAAUAUUCUGACAGCAACAAGAAAAUGUUUUCGACACAUAGCCCUAGACUAUGUACUUCAGAUUAAUGUCCUUCAAUCAAAAAGAAGAUCAGAAAUCCUAAAAUCAAUGCUAUCCUUUAUGUAUGCCCACUUGGCCUUCUUUCAUCAAGGAUAUGAUCUAUUUAGUGAACUUGGGCCCUACAUGAAGGAUCUUGGCGCGCAGUUGGAUCAACUGGUUGUGGAUGCCGCAAAAGAAAAAAGAGAGAUGGAGCAAAAACAUUCCACCAUUCAACAAAAGGCUGCAUUACAGGAUUUCUCCAGUGAUGAUUCUAAGUUAGAAUAUAAUGUAGAUGCUGCCAAUGGCAUUGUAAUGGAGGGAUAUCUGUUCAAACGAGCCAGCAAUGCCUUCAAAACUUGGAACAGGAAAAAGCCCGAUCAUAUCAGACGCUGGUUUUCAAUACAGAACAAUCAGUUGGUUUACCAGAAAAAGUUUAAGGAUAACCCCACUGUGGUAGUGGAAGAUCUACGGCUCUGCACAGUGAAACAUUGUGAAGACAUAGAACGGCGAUUCUGCUUUGAGGUGGUCUCUCCCACAAAAAGUUGCAUGCUUCAGGCAGAUUCUGAAAAAUUGCGCCAGGCGUGGAUUAAGGCUGUUCAAACCAGUAUUGCUACUGCUUAUAGAGAGAAGGGUGAUGAAGCAGAGAAGCUGGAUAAGAAAUCAUCCCCAUCCACAGGAAGCUUGGAUUCUGGAAAUGAGUCGAAAGAUAAAUUAUUGAAAGGAGAAAGUGCACUGCAGCGAGUCCAGUGUAUCCCUGGCAAUGCCAGCUGCUGUGACUGUGGCCUGGCAGACCCACGGUGGGCCAGCAUCAACCUGGGCAUCACCUUGUGUAUCGAGUGUUCUGGGAUUCAUCGGAGUCUUGGAGUUCAUUUUUCAAAAGUACGUUCUUUAACUUUAGACACCUGGGAGCCUGAACUUUUAAAGCUUAUGUGUGAGUUGGGGAAUGAUGUUAUAAAUCGAGUUUAUGAAGCUAAAGUGGAAAAAAUGGGAAUAAAGAAACCACAACCAGGACAAAGACAGGAGAAAGAGGCAUAUAUCAAAGCAAAAUAUGUGGAGAAGAAAUUUGUGGAUAAAUAUUCUACAUCAUCAUCACCUCCUGAGCAGGAAAAAAGGAUUGUCUCCAGAAGUUGCGAAGAAAAGAGGCUAAGCAUUUCUAAACUUGGACCAGGUGACCAAAUGAAAGCAUCUCCCCAAAGUUCAGUGGUUGCUGUAAAUAGCGACGAGGCCAGGCGGGAGUCUCUGUUCUGUCCUGAUGAGCUAGAUUCACUCUUCUCCUACUUUGAUACCUCUUCAAAACUCCGUAGUAUCAAAAGUAAUGACAGUGGAAUCCAGCAGAGCUCUGAUGAUGGAAGAGAAUCUUUACCCUCCACAGUGUCAGCCAAUAGUUUAUAUGAGCCUGAGGGAGAAAGGCAAGAUUCUUCUGUGUUUCUUGACUCUAAACAUCUUAAUCCAGGACUCCAGCUUUAUAGGGCUUCAUAUGAAAAAAAUCUUCCUAAAAUGGCUGAAGCUUUGGCUCAUGAUGCAGAUGUGAACUGGGCUAAUUCGGAGGAAAACAAAGCAACGCCACUUAUUCAGGCUGUAUUAGGGGGCUCUUUGGUGACGUGUGAGUUCCUCCUACAGAAUGGUGCUAAUGUAAACCAAAGAGAUGUACAAGGGCGGGGACCACUGCACCAUGCCACCGUCUUAGGGCACACAGGGCAGGUAUGUUUAUUUCUAAAACGAGGUGCCAAUCAACAUGCCACUGAUGAAGAAGGGAAAGACCCUUUGAGUAUAGCCGUGGAAGCAGCCAAUGCUGAUAUAGUGACCUUGUUACGUUUAGCAAGAAUGAAUGAAGAGAUGCGGGAAUCAGAAGGACUUUAUGGACAGCCAGGUGAUGAAACUUACCAGGACAUUUUUCGUGAUUUUUCCCAAAUGGCAUCCAAUAAUCCAGAGAAACUAAAUCGUUUCCAGCAAGAUUCACAGAAAUUCUGAAUUUUUUUUAAGAAGGGGAAACUAUUAAAUCUUGUGACUUCCUAACGUAUACAUCUGAAAACUCACAAAUUUUUACUACUUUAAUUCUACUUAAUUUUAGUAGCUAUUGAGUGUUUUGGGGAAAAGGUACCCAUUCAUUGAUACAAAGUAAAACAUAGAUCUUUACUAGUAAGAAGAGAAGCCUACUUUAGAACCUCAAGAAAGGAAAAAAUUCUGUUUAAAGGGCUGUUUUUAUAGCUAAAAGUUGUCUGUAGACUUUAUGUUGCUAGAUCCUAAGAGUUAGGCAAAAAAAAAUAUGUCUCUCUCUCUCUUUUUUUUUUUUUUUUUUUUUUUUUUGCUGGUGGAUGGUAGCAUUGAUUUUUCUUCUGUGCGUUGUGCCCUGUAUUAUUCAGUCAAGCCUGUCUUCAUCGAGUGGAAGCCAGCUGUCCUUCCUGUCUCAAGAAUACAGCUUUUCGGUAGUUUCCUGUAUGGUUUUGAGGGUUUCAGAAAUUGUUUUGUUUUCUUUUGGUAGCCCAGUUAUCAUACACACAAUAUGUAGUUUAGUUAUUAGAACCAAAGAGUAUGUUUCCCCCAUUUGCUCAUAAAUGAGUUAUACUCCUUAGAUAUCUGGUUAUUGUCCAGUACUUCAACAUAUAUACAGUGGCUGUACAGGUAAAUAUAACUCAGCCCUUUCGAUUUAUUCCGUUUUAUGGAGCAAAAAGAAGCCCUUAAGUUUUUUUCUUCAAAGGAUUCUCAGUUAUAGAUUUUAUAGUUCUUUAUUGUUGAGUUGAUUUCCUAAAACCUUGACAAAUUUAUUGAUGUAAUAAAACUGUGUUUCAAAGAUUACUUGAAUGUUGCAAAAUUGUUUUCAUCAUAUUGUAACUUUCAAAGGAAAAGUUGAUUUAUAAAAUAAUGUAGAAUAUUUUUAUUUGAAAUUUGUCUUUUUCAAGAUAUAUUUUUGUUAUUGGUCCCUAUGAAAGAAAAAUCUUUUUGUAAAAGGAGAAAAAAUCAUGUUUUUCUUAGCUUUUACUAAAAUAUGGAAAUAUAUUACUUUUUAAUUUUUCCAACAUCUGUCUUAUGUAUUUGUACACUGUAAUUCUUUUAAAUUAUAGCAUUAUAUAGGUUUACAUUUGGUUUUAUGGAUCAUAAACCCUUGAAUUCCAAAAUACUGUAGAUAUAUUAAUUUACCAUGUAUAGGCUACAAAUUGGUCUGAUUCCAUCUUUGGUUGGCAUAUCUCAUCAGGAAUAUAAAGUAAUUUAGUAAUUUUCCUCAUGACUUCUUUCUAAUAUUGUCAACAGCUAGGUUUAAUCUUUUACAAGUUACAUGUGUUAUUAUUGAUACUCAGUUUCUAAGUAAAAGAGGUUUUUAAACUUGAGUAAUCAAAUAAGUAGAUAAAUAAUAUUUAAUUGGGUAGAUAAUAUAUUUUCUAACAGCCCCACCCCAGUAAUUAGGGUUUUAUAAAUUAAUUGAUCAUCAAAACAUCUGUCUAAACAGGAAUUAUACUGAAAUAAAUUCAUAUCACAGAAAAGGUUCCAUGUUUGGCCAAAUUGCAUGCAUAUGAUACUUAUUUAGUAAUAAUCACUGCAUAUUAGAGAAGAGUUAAAACUAUAUUUAUUAAUUAUUUCUAAGGAAAUGCUAACUUCCAAAGCCUUGUAUUGCAAUUGAAACAAUGAACAGGAACAUUAAAUCUUUCCUCUUUCAACUCAGAGUCAUAGAUGUAUAACAUUCUUAUAGACUAUACUUUGAAAUUAAUUUUUUAAAAAACUGAAGGAUAAGAAAAUACGUUGAAACAAAUGGAAGGGAGGGAAAGAGAGAGCUUUGUUUUUCUUUUUUAUCUCCUAUUCCUGUUUUAAUCUUAGGACUUUACUCCUAAAGCUUCUAACCUUUGAGGAAGCCUAGGCAGUUUUCCUUUUGGAUCCAGCCAUUGGUGUAUCAGAAAACCUCUGGGAUCUCUGUGAAGGCAAUUUUUCAUGACACUCUUACCUCCUAUGGCUUGAGUCAUGGCUUGUUAACAUGACAGUAAUUAGUGUCUACUUAAAAUUAAUGGUUAGAGAUGUAUUUGAAGUACAUGAAAGAUGAUCAUGGUUCUGAAUAUCUUCAGAGAAUGCAAAAUCUUUAAUGGUACAGGGAGUCUGGUACUACAAAAAUACAUUUCUGUGUCUUGAUUUCUUGAAUAUGCUGAGACAUAAUUUGGAAUUAAAUUCAGCAGAAAUGAUACAGUAAACAGCAAGGCUAUAAAGUAUAAUAGUUACAAAGUAGGUUGACUCUUACCAGGGUAAGUUUAGCUGUGUCAACUAACAGCUCUUCUAUAGUAUGUAGCAAAUCUGAAUUAUAUUAUACUAGUAAAUCAUUCAGUGCAUUUUGAGAAAUUAUAGUGUAAACAAUGUUAAUCGUACUCUUGGGCUUCGUAGGUCAAUGUCAUUACCCUUUAUUUUCUUUCCCUAAUGGAUCUGCUGAUAGUACUUUUUGGUUCCUCCUCAUUAUUCUUUUAGCUUAUAUCAUUAGCUCAUUAAUUUAAGUUAGAUUAAUAUUUGCACUAUGAAGAGUUGAUUGAGUGCAGUUUUAUGUUAAAACUAAACUAAAGGUAAUUGAGUAGUUAUUUGCAACUUUUCAAUGUAACACAUGUUUAAGAUUCGUAAGGUUUUAAAAAUUACUUUUGGUGUACAGUCCUUAGAAAUUCAGGAUUUUCCAGGGAUUUUCUACAUUACAGUGUUUGCCUAAUUUAUACUGGCCUUCAUUAUAGAUUUUAAUGAACUUUGGUAAUUUGCUUUCCAAAACAAAUAGAUUUAAUUUGGAAUAUGUACUUGGGUUCUUCAUGAGUGCAUUUUGGAAAAAAAUAAUACCUUUACAAUCUGAACAAUUCAAAUUUGUGAUGCAUUAAGCAGUAUUUUAGAAAUAUAAUUUUAUACACGUAAAGUAUGGUUACAAUAAACCAAAUUGUAUUUAAGACUAAAUUUAGUACCCAUUUUGAAUAAUAAGACAUUCCCAUAUCACUCUUAGGGUGUCAGAUUAACUCUUUUGUUUUAUAGCACUUUUUAUCAUGGACAUGAACUGGAAAAAUGAUGCUUUUACAGAAUCAUUUGUCUAGAAUGACUUCAUGCCUGCAUGACAUAGUGGAAAGAGCACUAACUAGUAAUUACUGUUCUUUUUGGAUUCAGGGUCCUCACAAAUAAAACAAGUGUGAUGAAACAAAGUGAAAAUAUGGCAGUGUCCCCUUAUAUGCUGUUCUGCCAUGAACAAUGUACUUUGACAUUACUUUGUCUUAUCUGGUUUCACGGUAGGAUGUCUUCCGUCUUACUCUAAGAGCGCCAACAUUGUCUCUUCUCUGAUCUGGGCUACUGCUCUGGUUUUACCAAGGGAGUCACUUGGUUGCUGGUUGGUGACACAGUACCAGCACCCCUUCUGACUGCUAGUCGAAGGCACUUUCUUUGCAUUGUGAACUGAUUUGAAAUCAUUGUAAAGCAGCAAAAUCUGAUAAUGACUGCCAGCUUUCCUUGUGUUUUUGAUAAAAACAAAAAAUAUGGAUAACCUGGAUAUAAAAUUAUCUUGAAGGAACAGAGUCAGAUUGAAAGACAUUAAAUUGUAGGAAAAUUUACAUUUUUGCAAUAACAAACAUUAAUGAGUACAACAGCACAAAAGUAAUUUUAAUUUACCAUGUACAGGCAUACCUCAUUUUAUUGCACAUUGCUUUAUUGGGCUUCACAGAUGUGUCUCUACAAAUUGAAGGCAAGGUACUGCACCAGCAAAAAAGAUGACUUGCUUUACUGCUGUACGUGCUUUAUUGUGGUGGUCUUGGAAACAAACCCACAAUAUCUCCGAGGUGCGCCUGGACUUACAAAUUCUUGAUGAAAGACAGUUAAAAUGGCUUGGGUUCAGUUUCAUUGAAUCCCGACAUAUGCAAAUAUGAUUUUGUGGUCAUUUUUUGUUUACAUAAAUUUACCUACUUAAAAUGAGAUAAUGGUGGGAGGGAAGCAGGGUUUGAUUAAAUAAACUUUUCUCUCUAUUGGUCUUUGCACUAUUUUAUGUUAUACAUGUCCUUAUUUUUGCUCAAGACCCUUGCCCAUAUUUUGGAUAUUAAUUUUAAACAGGGAAAGCUUGCUACAUUAUAAAGAUUAUUGACAUCAUUUAUUUUACACAAAGGCUUAAAGCUUAACUUUCAGAAAUGAUGAGUUAACUUUUCUGUAUGUGUUUACUUGUGCUUUGUGGAAUUUUGGGAUCAUUCCAGUCAUAAAGACAUUACAUGUAAUAUUUUUUGCUACCUAUGAAAAGGUAUAUUUUAAAGAAUGUAUAACCAACACAUCAUUUACUUAUUAGUAUGUAGAGGAUUUGUAUCUAAUUCAUGAAUGUGGUUUUACUGUAGUUCGCCAUUGUAAAUGGAACAAAGUACAUUGUAGUUAUUCUAAAAUGUACAUUAUGUAAGAAUUGUAAAUAUUACACUUGAUUAAAUACUUUGUAUGCUGAAAAAAUUAUAAGUCAAUAAAAAUUUCUAGCAUAGUU